AUGUCAUCAUACGUAAAAGGAGGCGCAUGGACAAGUAUCGAAGAUGAGAUCCUCAAAGCUGCCGUGCAAAAGUACGGUGCUAAUCAGUGGGCUAGAGUGUCUUCAUUGUUACCGAAAAAGACCGCGACGCAAGCUAAAUCGCGAUGGGUCGAAUGGUUGAAUCCGUUGAUAGAUAAGACUGGAUGGACGAAUGAACAGGAUAAACGAUUGAUUGAGUUGACACAGCUACUACCUAACCAGUGGAGGUCUAUUGCGUCGACGCUUGGCAAAACUGCCACCCAAUGCAUUGAACGAUAUCAACAACUUCUUGAUCAGGCGUCGGGAAAUGACAGUAGUAAUGAUUUGAAAUUAUCGGGUCUUGGUAUUGAGACCCUCCCCGCAGUUGGACAACCAGUCGCUCAAAUUGUAGACAAUGAUGAGGCAAGUAAUCCCAAUUUUGCUCAUGAAACACAACCAGCGAAAGUGCGAUCAGACGACAGAAACGUUCUAGAUGCAGAUGCAGAUGAUGAUGACGAUGACGAUGACGAUGACGAUGACGAUGACGACAUGGAUGACGAUGAUAGGGAAAUGCUUGCUGAAGCCAAGGCCAGAUUGUCCAAUACUCAAGGUAAGAAGGCUAAAAGGAAAGCCCGGGAAAGAAUGUUGGAAGAAAGUAGACGUUUAGCAUUGUUACAAAAGAGAAGGGAUAUGAAAGCGGCUGGCAUCAAUGUGGGGUUGCAUUCCAAGAACAAGCGAAGCAAGAAAGAUUUUGAUUACGUUUCUGAUAUUCCACAUGAGAUUGUGCCACCAUCUGGCCCAUAUGAUGUCGAUGAGGAGAAUAGGGAAAAUGAAUUGGAGUUGGAACGGUUUCAUGAAAAAGUCGCUCGACUGGGUAUCAGUUUGAAGGAAGUUGAUGAUAGGAUCGCAGCAGCCAAGGAGAAAGCAGAGACUGAAAGGAAAAGGCGGCGAGCAAGCGAUGCUGAUGAAGUAUCGCAAGACACCAGCAUGAGCAAGGGCAUAGAGUUCAAGAAGCAAAAGUCGGCUGUUGGUCAAAAUGGAACUUUACAGGGGGAACCUAAAUCUCCACCGAGAGUGACGUUUCCACUAAAGACUAAUAAAGCACUCGCGUCGUUGGUAAAGACGCUUUUUGAAAAGUUACCGGAACCUAAGCAGCAUCGUGGUAAACCUGUGUAUAUCCCUGAAGCUAACCUGAUUGGGACAUGUCACUAUCCAUAUUCUAAGUCAGGUGAAUACAAAGAAGAGCCCGUGAUCAAUAGUUCACGAAACUGGAAACAAGACAGUAACAAACCUAGAGCGUCACAAGCUGUUCAAAGGGAUCUUCCCAUUCCAAAUCCCUCGUUUAUCGAUACACUGGCAAAACUCUCCGACGUGGGAAAAGUCCAACAAGAGUUAGCCAAAGAAUAUGUCAAAUUGAUUGCAACUGAUUAUAGACAGAAAAGCGAUCCCAGCUUUUAUACGAUCUUUCAGACAAGACUAGAUGCGAACAUAUACGAAAAUAUCGUGACACAACUUGAUAAGGAGUCUGAGAAGUACCAACAAGUUAAGAGGGGGCAAAAACACGAGUCGCAGCACCGGAAAUUACUGCCAAGAAUAGAUAAAAGUGUGGAGGAUAGUGCCGGAAAUGAUGACCCAAAGACUCAACAUGAAUCGCGUUUGGCUGAUGAGGCAGAUAUCUUUAAUGCAGAGUUGAACGAGUUUAGACUUAUUGGAGAGGAGAUUUUUGAGCGCAUUGAACAGGCUAGACAAAUGCUAGCGUCAGAAUAG